ACUGGAGGAAUGGGUGCUCCCGCUUCCCUGAAGCACCCCCAGUUCAGCUGGUUCCGGAGUUGAGGCGCGGGCGCAGCGAGCUGCCUCCCGAGCCGCCCAGGAUCCGGAUCCCGCCCUCGGAGCGCCGUGCGCCCAGGUGGAACUUGGCUCAGCUGCCAUGGGCAAGCAGAACAGCAAGCUGCGGCCCGAGAUGCUGCAGGACCUGCGGGAGAACACAGAGUUCUCAGAGCUGGAGCUGCAGGAGUGGUACAAGGGCUUCCUCAAGGACUGCCCCACUGGCAUCCUCAACGUGGACGAGUUCAAGAAGAUCUACGCCAACUUCUUCCCCUACGGCGACGCCUCCAAGUUCGCAGAGCACGUCUUCCGCACCUUUGACACCAACAGCGACGGCACCAUCGACUUCCGGGAGUUCAUCAUCGCUCUGAGCGUCACCUCGCGCGGCCGCCUGGAGCAGAAGCUCAUGUGGGCCUUCAGCAUGUACGACCUGGACGGCAAUGGCUACAUCAGCCGGGAGGAGAUGCUGGAGAUUGUGCAGGCCAUUUACAAGAUGGUCUCUUCCGUGAUGAAGAUGCCAGAGGACGAGUCGACCCCGGAAAAGAGGACUGAGAAAAUCUUCCGCCAAAUGGACACAAACAACGACGGCAAGCUGUCCCUGGAGGAGUUCAUCCGCGGGGCCAAAAGCGACCCGUCGAUCGUGCGCCUGCUGCAGUGCGACCCCAGCAGCGCCUCCCAGUUCUGAGCCCGCGGGAGGAGGGAGCCCGCCCCCGCCUCCCUGCCUUCGUCGGCCCUCCCGGCUCACAGCUUCCUUCUCCCUCGCGUCUAUCCGGGCUGGGGGCUAAGACAGGAGACCCAGUUCCCGGGUCUGCACUGUGAGGGGCGGGGGGAACUCUCAGAAGGAAAAACCCAGCAAGGGGCCCAAGCAAGCCAACCAUUAGCAUCCCACAGUCCUGGAUCUUCCCUCUUGAUCCAUGCAGCAGGUUCACCUUCCUCCCACCCGACGUGGGUGGGUGGGGCUCCUCCUUAAGUGGGACUUGGGCCUGGGAGGAGGUGGGAAGUCAUCCCUAAAAGAGGGGAGUCAAGGAGGAUUCUUGGACUGCGGGAUUUUCAGAAAAAAGCUUACUGGAGCACCUUCCCUGCAGGAGAGCCCCAAACCUUCCUGCCCCAGCUUUUGCUGGCUGGAGGCCAUGACACAAAAAAGUAGACAUUCCAGGAUUCCAGCUGCCAGCUGGUGGUCCCCAAGCCCUGCCUGCCUUCUAGCACUUGGAUGAACCCUGUCAGCCACCACAGAUCACCCCUCAGUAUUCCCCCCACCUCACAUAUAGAGAGGCCCACUGUCUGAUGGGCAGAGCACCUCCACAGUUCUGUGUGUGGGAAAGAAGUAUAGGCCCCUGGCCGAGCCCCUGUCUCCCUCUGCAUGCAGCCACAAUGGAGCAUCUCUGUUCUUUUUAAUAACUUCAGAAUAAAGUCUGGUUUCAGUGCA